AUGGCUGCUGCUGCUGCUGCUAUGAUAUUGGUGGACCUAUUAGAAAUGGUAGAAGAAGAGGAGAUAAUGAGAGAAACUGCUAUGAUAAUGAAAACGUUGAGAAGUACUAUACAUCCUUUCGACUUGACAGAUGAGCAAUUUGUAAAAGUCUUUCGCUUGUCAAAAGAAGCAGUGCAUUAUUUAUGUGAUGCUCUUCAAGAAACCCUGCAGCGUAGACGAAGAACAGGAUUAAGUGUAGAAACUCAGUUUUUUGCUACCGGUUCCUAUCAGAAAUGUGUUGGAAAUGAUUAUUUGACGUCAGUGUCACAACCUGCUGUUAGUCGAGCAAUUAAAGCAGUUGCAGUUAGUAUUACUGAAUUACUUACUCAUCAAUGGAUUCAGUUCCCAAGAACCGAGGAAAAACGAACAGCUUCAAAAAGACGCUUUCAAGAAGCAAGACAGUUUAAAGGAGUUAUAGGCUGUAUCGAUUGUACUCACGUUGCUAUUGUGAAACCGAGUAUUCAUGAGGAAGUGUAUUCAAAUCAUAAGGGUUUUCAUUCCAUCAAUGUGCAAGCGGUGUCCUCGCAUGAUUUAGAAAUAUUGAGUUUAAAUGCCAGAUUCCCGGGAACAGUACAUGAUAGUUUUAUAUGGAGACAUUCAGCUGUGAGAAACGAAAUGAUACGCGAUUCAGGAUAUGGUCUCGAACCGUGGCUUAUGACACCCAUAACACCCAUAAUGCACCCGAAGGAAGCGCAGAAGCACGAUAUACACUAUGUCACACCGCAACCAGAAAUUGUGUGA